AUGGUAAAAGUGGAUGUUGAGUAUUGCGGAAAAUGUAAUUUCGAAUUUCAAUGCAAGAUGUUGCAGAACUUCUUGCUACAACAAAAGCCGGAUACGGAAAUGGUUUGCCAUAAAGGACGUCAGGGUUCGUUCGAGGUGAAAAUUAAUGACGAACUGGUACAUUCAAAAUUACAAUCGUUAGCCUUUCCCGAUCACCAAAGUGUCCUAGAAAAUAUUAAUCGUGCUGAACAGGGCCAGCCAAUGGUCAAGACAAAAGAACAGCCCAUAGAAAAUUGCACAAUAAUGUAA